AUGGAGUCUGAGGAAAUCUACAUAAACCAGGAGGUCGGUAUGCAGGCCGCAGCCUUCAAAGACAAGCAGCGGGGGACACCAGCCCAUAGCGCAGCUGUAGAUGACCCCAACUAUGAGAAUAUCACCGUGACCUUAAGGAAACAGGACCAUCCAAAGGGCAGUCACUCACCCCCAAAGAGUAAGGUCCCAGCCCGGGCCAGGCCACCCUCGGACUCUGCCCAGGGCCCCCGGUGGUUGCACCGAGCCUUCACAAGCCUGUACAUCCUUCUUGCCCUGAUUUCCAUCAUCCUGCUGGUCUUGGUUCUGGUGAAGAAUUCUGAGAUGUCUCAGGAGCUGCUGGUCUUGAAAAGGGAGAUCUGGAAUGUCUCCAUCUCCGCGCGGGAAUGCGAGGAGGGGCAGAGGCAGGGCUGGAGAAGCGUCGAGCAAAGUAUCAGCAACGCCAAGCAGCGCAUCGACUUGGCCAACCAUGUAAGCCGAAUCAAGACUCAGUCACAGCAAAUCAUGUCGAUCCUGCAGAAAAUGCAAAAGCCCACACAGCCCACACCUCAGUGA